AAUUUGGUUUUCUUGUACUUUUUCUGCUUAGCGAACUUCGGUGGCCACAAUAAAGCGAACCAGAAGCUGAGCUAUCUUAUUCUACAUCUAAUCCUGAUACUCUGCUACUUCUCAGGAUCAUCCCACAAUUUCCGCGAAACCCUUGAAGCUGCCAGAAGCUACAGGUACCACAUGAAAAGCAGGUCUGGACUCAUAAGUUUCCAGUCUGAAAGUCUCAGUCCACUUAAGCAUUACUAAUCCGUGUUUGACAGGUGCUCGUAUUUGUUCGACCUUAACACGAGACACUAUAGUCUCUGUUUCCACAUCUAUUGAUCUGUUACAACACAUAGACUCUAACAGAAACUGUUACCAUCCAGAUUCUUAUUAUACUGAAUCCUAUUGGAUAUAUUGAUUUACAAAGUCCUGAAUCAAUAUUCAUCAUAUUAUUCACUUGUUCCUAAUUUGCUAAUAUUGAAGCAUUCGAUGCAAUAGUCUUCACCACCAUGUUAGCACCAGACAAAACCAUCUAUUUAGCCAUAAGGGAAACCCUGGCGACAGUACUUCAAGUUACUAAUCUGCCUACAAGCACCACUACUACUGUCACCCAAACCCGGGGUACGCCGCCUGGGCUGACAGAAACAGACUCCUCAACCACCGUUCGUACCUCGCCCACAUUUGUGGGAAAUACGCCGUCCACGGUUCUUUUCUUCAUUGCUUUAGCUGUUGGUGUCUUCAUUGCUUUGCUCUUCAUCUUUUUCACCAUCAGAUACUUUGUUCGUUCCAAGUAUGGACUUCAUGUAUAUCCACUUCUGCGGAGGCAUUUGAUUGCCGGAGCAGCCAUCACCUCCGAUCGUUUCCAUGACACCAUGACUAACGAGGAGUUGCAGGAGCAUCUCAACUAUAUCAGAGAUCACCACUUCAUCCAGACACUGUUCUUAGAAAGACGGUUCACUGGCCGUAGAAGACGUAGAAGAAGAGGCCGUUAUUCGCGAAUGAAAAAGUUGUCGGAAGCCGAGGUCGAGAUUCUAUUCCCCAAAAAGACCUACACAGAUUGGUUGAAUGGAGGUCAAGAACGGGAUCACGAGAAGCGAGACGGUGUUCUUCAAGAAGAAGGUAAUACUGACUCGGGCAACUUAAACAUCAUCAACGAAGAGGACUCUUCUGAUUUGCAUAGCCAAACCACUGUCAGUGAUCGAGUUGCAUCUAGUUCAAGAGACAUGGACAACGACGACUCCAUAGAGUUGCACGAAUUGAAAAACGAAGCCACGAACUCUGUUUCUGCAGAUGCCGAAGAUGACUUGCACUUCACUUCUGGAUCUUGUGCCAUUUGUUUGGAAACCAUCGGUGACGAAGACAUUGUCAGAGGCUUGAUCUGUGGGCAUGUGUUCCAUGCUGAGUGUCUAGAUCCAUGGUUGACUAAGAGAAGAGCUUGUUGUCCUAUGUGCAAGCGAGAUUAUUUUUUCAAGAAAGAGGCAGCUGAAAGCACAGAAACGCAAACCAGUACCACAAAUAACGAAACUAACAACAAUGUAAAUGAAAAUAGCGACAUCCAGAACCUGAAUGAAAAUACAAACAACAAUAAUGACAAUACGAACAAUGUUGAUACCAGUAUUAUCGAUGAUGAUGACGACACGAGCAUUGACUAUGAUGCCAUUCGCAGCAAUCCCGCAUUCCGAGCUCUUCUUCAGGAAUUAGUUCCCAUUUCAGAAAGAGUGCGGCACAUCAUGAGUGACCCGUCGAACGACCACUUAGACCUUGAAGUCAGAGCACGUGCAGUGGCCAAGAAGACUUAUGGUCGUUAUUUCAAGGUUCUCUGGUGGAAGUUGAUGGGCAUCAGCAAGGAAGACCUUUUCAACUGGGCAGCUUUGACGAUCUUUCAAGACUGGAGACGUGCGAACAACCAAACAGGAAAUGAAGCAGAAAAUGAAGCAGAAAAUGAAGCACAGACUGGCUCUACUGCAGAAGGAACAGCUGACUCCAACGAUGGCACCAAUACAAACGACAGCAACUCCAACAAUAAUGGUAAUAAUAAUGACACCCAUAGCGAUUCUUUGGAGUCACCAGUUGAAAACAGAGACAUGGAAGAAGUGGAUCUCGGUGAAAGAGAUUCGCCAGAGCUUUCUGCUGCACGCAGAGACGUGGUGGAUAAUCGAGUAUAGAUUUGUAAAGUUAUAGCAGUCUCUUGCUGUAUCUCCCGACAUAUUUAACUAUUUAUUUAUUUCUUAUUCAAUUCUUGAGCUUCUGUUUCAAAGAACCACGCGGUGCCACACAGAAACUUCUAUUUCUUAAUUUGAUUAAUUUACACCUCAAUCCAGUAACCUAGAAUUGAUAAAAUAUCUGGCUGCGAAAACUAAUUUCGCAGCCACACGGUAAUUGUGGUUUGCACCAUGAACAAAUGGAAACCAUCGUACUGUGACCCUAGCUUAUACUAUGACCCUAGUUAAUAAUAUGACCUUUUGUGUU